AUGUUAUCCCUCUGUUUAUUAUUCCUUGUGUUCGCACAUGGAUCCAGUGAAUAUCUAAAGGAUGGAGAUGUUUAUGUUUUGUCAGAAAAUGAUUUCGACGACUUUUUAAAAGAAAAUCCCACCACCUUGGUCAAGUUUUAUGCACCUUGGUAAGUGUUUUAUUAAUUUAUUAUUUCCUUUAGGUGUGGACAUUGCAAAACGCUUGCUCCGGAGUACGAAAAGGCAGCCAAGAAACUGGAAAUCCCCUUGGCCAAGGUCGAUGCAACUGUGGAAGUAAAGUUAGGAAAAAGAUUUAAUGUGGAGGGGUACCCUACCCUCAAAUUCUUCAGUGAUGGGAAAGAUGUAAUUGAUUAUGACGGACAACGUGAUGCCGAAUGUAAGUUUUUUGUAGUACAACUACUCCUCAAAUUGGGGUAUUUAAUUUUUCCUUUUCUUGUGGACCUUGGUAGUGAGUGAGUCGUGCGGCUUGGUACAAGGCCUUGCAAGGUUUUUCUUUAAACAAACAGACUGUCCUCACUUGUGCAUCUAGCAAAAUCUAAAAUUUUAUUCAUUUUUAUAGCAAUCGAGCAAUGGAUCAAGCAAAAAACGGAUCCAAAUUACAAACCUCCACCAGAAGAAGUAGUUACUUUGACAGUGGAGACAUUCGAAGAGUUCAGCAAGGACAAGCCAUUGAUGUUGGUGGAAUUCUAUGCUCCCUGGUGUGGACAUUGCAAAAAACUGGCACCGGAAUAUGAAAAAGCGGCGAAGAAACUAAAGGUAAACGAAGAAAAAAUUUUUUUGAUGUCUCCGUGCAACGCGUGGCACAGUAUUUUUUCGGUCCAGCUAGUUUUGAACAGCACUUUUUACGGCUUGGGAAACGAAAUGUCAAAAAAGUUUUUAUGUACUACCGCGAAAACAUAGCCGGCAAGAUUGCAAACAGUAACGGUCACAACUUUUGAUCACUUAUAAGAGCUUAUAUCAAUCUGUCGGAAAAAUAGUGGCGGCUCAUCGCAGCAGAAUGCUUCGUCUCGCCGGAAAAGGGUGCAGCCGCGCGCCAAAUUUCCAGCUGCGGCUAGCCGUCGAUUUCCUAUGCGCGACGACCCGCCACUAUUUUUUUUCAGUCUGUCGGUUUUUUCAGACCGACAGACUGAUAAGUGACGCCGGAAAAUAGGUUAAAACCUGUAUUUUGACCAUAACUUUUUCCUAGGCAAAUUGAGCAGCCAUUUUUUGGCUUGUACACUGUUAUUUCAUAUGAUAUAGGUUUCGUUAAGAAACCUGAUGACAAGUAUUUGCCGCUCCCUUGUAAGGUUUAUACAGGGUGUUGCACAAUUUUCUGAUAAUCUAAAUUAUAAAUUUUUUUAGAGCCACAAGAUCCCAUUGGCCAAGGUCGACGCUACUGUUGAGAAGUCUUUGUCCGAUAAAUUCGGAAUCACUGGAUAUCCCACCUUAAAAAUCCUUCGAUAUGGGCGUCGAUUCGACUACGAAGGUCCCCGAGAGGCUGAUGGGAUUGUCAACUUCAUGCUCGAUCAAUCUCAACCAGCGGCUAAAGAACUCCGAAUUGUUUCCGAAGCCAAGAAGUUCUUCUCCAAAGAUGAUGUUACAAUUAUCGGCUUCUUUGCAUCUACAGAAUCCCCACAGUUCGAGGCUUUCCAAGAUGCUGCCGAGAGAACACGUCCAGAAUUUCAAUUUGUUGGCUACACCACCGAUCCCUCCGUUUUCAAACACUUUGGAGCUGUACCUAACGACGUUGUCAUCUUCUACCCAGAAUUGUUCUUGUCCGACGUUGAGGAUAAGCGGAAAAAACUGAACAGUCCCAACUUCUCUACAGAGGAUCUGCUCAGCUUCUGGAGGGAAAAUUCGGCUACUUUGGUGGGAUUGAGGACCAUGAAGAAUGUGGCCACAAAGUUUGCCAGAAAUCCUUUGGUUGUUGUCUAUUACUCCGCUGAUUUCUCGCCUGAAGGUAGAAAGGAAUCUCAAUAUUGGAGACAGAAGAUCGUCCCUAUUGCGAAGAAAGUAAGCGUUAAUUUUGACCAACAACGCCUUUUAAAGAUGACGUUGAUUUUUUGAAGUUUUAAUACUUUUAUUUGAUUUAGUAUAUCCGUCAAAAGUUCCGUUUUGCGGUUUCACACGAAGAGGAAUUUGCCCGAGAACUUCAAGAAGUUGGACUAGGGGACAGCGGCCUUGAACACAAUGUGAUCUGCUUUGGCUUCGAUGGAAAGAAGUACCCGAUGAGGCCAGAAAUCUAUGAUGAAGAGUUGGAGGAAAAUUUGGAAGCAUUUAUGAAAGAUAUCAGUGCUGGGAAGGUAAAACCUUAUGUCAAGUCAGCACCAGUGCCCAAGGAUGACAAGGGUCCUAUCAAAACUUUGGUUGCAUCCAAUUUUGAAAAGGUUUUGGGGGAUAAGAGCAAAGACUAUCUGAUCGAAUUCUAUGCACCAUGGUGUGGACAUUGCAAGGUGCGUUUUUGAAAGAAUACGGGUCUGAAGACAUCCAUGACCAUAAUUAUUAUGAUUUUUCAGAAAUUUGAAUCAAAAUACAUUGAAUUGGCCAAUAAAUUGAAGGGACAAAAGUCCCUGGUGCUCGCCCAAUUCGACGCCACUGCCAAUGAUCCCCAUGAUGACUUUAAAGUAGAAGGUUUCCCAACAAUCUACUUUGCCCCUGGUGGUCUUGAAAAGAAACCCAUUAAAUAUACCGGAAAUCGCGAUAUUAAUGACCUGAUCGACUUUAUGAAAAAACAUUCCGUGAACAGUUUCAAAACAAAGGAAGAGUUGUAA